AUGGCUGAUGAAGGAUACUACCAACCACUCAGCGGCUACAACAACCAACACAACACCAAUGUUCAACAACAACCUCCAGCUAAGUCAACUCAGCUUGUUAAGGCUGCCACCGCCGUGACAGCUGGCAGCUCUCUAUUGAUCCUCUCUGGUUUGGUCUUAACCGGCACGGUUAUCGCCCUCACAGUCAUCACACCGCUGUUUGUCAUAUUCAGUCCGGUGUUGGUUCCUGCGGUGGUCAUAGUGGCUCUGUUGACGUUGGGAUUCUUUGCUUCCGGUGGCUUCGGUGUGGCAGCGGUCACAGUGUUAGCGUGGAACUAUACGUAUGUUACCGGUAAGCAGCCACCUGGGGUUGAUAGAUUGGACACAGCGCGUCAGAACCUGAUAAACAAAGCGAGGGAGAUUAGGGACUAUAGUCAGCAACAAAUCAGUGGGACGCAGAAUUCUUAA